AAAAAAAAAAAAUUGGAUUAGAAUAGUCGCGAAUAAUGCAUGUUUAUAAAGCAUCCCCUCCCCGUAUUGCCUCCUUAAAAUAUUUCUUUCUUUCUUUUACUGCUGUUGUUGCCAAACACCCCCCCCCCCCAAAAAAAAAAAAACUCUGAAAAAACUGUCAUGUCCAAUUGGAGUCAAUUACCAACCGAAGUUUUAACAGAGAUUUUCAAGCUUCUCAAGUUUACUCUUGUUGACAAACUUGAACGUUCACGAAUAUUUUCUCAACAGAUGCUUGUUUGCAAGCAUUGGUGUCGCAUUGGUAAAACGUUCUUGUACAAGGAUGUAACCAUGUUGUCUGUCAAGCAGCAGGACACAUUCUUAAGAUGCAUGACCCUUUAUAGUACCGGCAUGAAUCAAUUAGUCCAUUCGUUUAAAGCCUUUGACGAGAGCCCGUAUCUCAAAACUGAAGAGGAUUUAGGUCUGAUUCUAAACGCAUUACCCAACCUACAAGAAUUCUAUGCUAUACGUCAAAAGGGACGUUUCUUUGCCAAACUCUUACUUGAACUUUACUCUUCCUCUGACCGACCCACCCAAUUGGCCAGGAUACCAGACUAUUAUAUAGAAUUGGAAGAUGAUGUAAAAAUAUACCAAUAUGCUAUUUUGGCUCUCAAGAAAACCCUCAGAUACAUGAUGUUACCCGAUUGGUGUGUCACACCUUACCGUAUCACCACUCCAUUAGAAGACUUUAAAAAUUUAACAUACCUUGAACUCCGUCUCUAUCAUAUCUCCCAACUGGUUGAGAUAGCCACCAUCCCUUCACGAUGUCCAACCUUGACCCACUUGCACAUUGCACGUGAUGCAAAAUUGCAGCCGAUGGAAGGCGAACAGCCGAUAACAGCGAUGAUAGAUAUGGGUUCUAUUCAACCAGCUUUUCAUAUUGCGAUGCUAAAGAUCGACGCAUCUGUGGUUACUUUUAGUCAGUAUAGCAUGUAUAUGUUGAUGGUGCUAUUCCCAAAACUAGACUCAUGGUUCAUGUAUACAAAGAAGGAUAAAAGGGGUUUUUAUCAAUAUGAUCCUAUCAGUCGAAAGAUCCCCAUUGAGGCUUGGGUUGAAUUCUUGACGUAUGUGGAUAAAAUCAAGUCAUUUUAUGGUCUACAUUUAGCUAUAUCUUCUUUAAAUCAGGUCCUGAAAGAAAUAUCUAGUAGCACAGGGUUCUGUAAAGAAAUCAGUGUAAGGUACAACACUGGGAGACUCGCCAGUGACAAUCAAAAUGAUCCUAUUAUAAAUAUACUUCCCUCCGGGAUCCACAACAUGCACGGUACUUGUGACUAUGAAAAGCAUGGAACCACUGUAAUCUAUGUUCAAAACAAUUACAUCUCCGAAUUACCGCAUGUGUCAUUGAUCGAGCAAAUUGGCUUUCAAUUGGAACGUUUGACUCUGGAUUUGAGUUCGUUGUUUAAUCAUCUCAUUUCUCUUCACACAAGGUCGGUCAAUGAUAAAAAGAGUAUGGGACGCUUUAUCAAUCUUAUCUUUAAGCACUGUCCAGUGCUACGAGCAUUGGUCAUCCGAGGAUCAUUUUUAGUAUUUUGUGAUGAUAAUGAUAUAGAGGCCCCACUAACAUCUUUCAAGUUUCUUCACCUUCAACAGUGUCUAGUUUUAAAUCGAACGACUUUUAUGUGGGACUUGUCUCGUCGAUUACCUUUUCGAUUGGAAUGGAUGGUUAUUGAACAGUGCAAUUUUUCUAACCAGAGAAAUGACUUGCCUCAUUUGAACAUGCCAUUUACUGUGUUGGGGUGUUUAUUUAUUUCCAGACAACACCAGACGAUUUCAAAUCACUUGAGGAUGGUGAUCAAGAUAACAAAGGCAUCACAAAACCCGCUUUACUAUUGCUUAAAUGAUAGACGCAAGUUGGAAAAACUAUCGGGGCAGGAAGCAUUUGAAAUCUAUGCAAAAAAUGAAGAAUCCUCUGCAUUGCAAAUUACUUGCGUUGAUAUCGAAAAAUUAUUGAUUCGAGCAUUUGGGUUUUCAGUGCUCAUCUUUCCUAAAGAAGAGGUUGAAUAUAUGGAUGGUCAGGACUAUAUCAAUUCAACUUCCGAGUUUCGACAUAUUCAAGUAUAAGAAUAUAUAUAUAUAAAAAACGUCAGUGAAAAAAAACAGUCUAACUAGGAAUUACAUUGUGAUCCCUCCAUAUGGGGUGGCAAAAAAAAAAAGAUGAGGUACAGUUAUGUCAUUUAUAAACUCAGUUUUGCAUGAUGUUGGUGUGACGUGGUUUUUUUUUUCUUUUGCCCCCACCCCGCCCGCCGUCUCGCGCUCCCUCGCACGCGCGCAUAAGUAUAAAAAGAGAGAGAGAGAAAAAGACAGAGGGUUUUUUCGGCUAAUGAAAUAAAAAAAUUCCUUUUCUGUUUUUUUUUUUAUUAUUAUUAUUAUUAAACGAUGCCUAAACGAAGAAAUGCAACAGGAGAAAAAGAGAC